GCCCGCUGUUCGACUGUGUUGUCCCGGAUGUCAAUAAACCAUUUAUUGUGAUAACGUUUUAUGUGAAGUGUUUUUGGUUUGCUUACACUUGUACCACAUUUUCAAUUCGUUAUUUUUUUUCUCCAAUUAUAUUUUGAUUUAGGUGUAAUCGAAAUUAAGGACUUAAGUGCACGCAAAUGGUAUCGUCUUUUCUCCGUUAUGAAGGAACAUCGAACCAAAGGACUUAGGGUCACAACUACUGAAAGCAUAAUUAGGCAUCACAUAUAUGAUAUAUCACGUUCAAUCCACUCAAAAUAAUAACGAGUUCGCAUUUAUUCUUCACUUCUUCAGUCUGUUUAUUUUAGUACCCAACGGACAUCUGGAAUCCUCGAACGAUGACAAAAAUGACACUAUGACCGAGGGUGCAGAAGGUUGCAGCGACGACCCGCUGGCUUCAUUGCAGUUAGACGUCGCUUCCGGUGGUCCAUCGUCAGAAAGCCAACAACCAGAGAGCCAGGCGGAAGUGUCCACGCUGUGUAUAUCAUCGGCAGACAAUGAUAUCGACAAAAUAAUCGCCGGUGAAUGGCACGGAGGAGAAUGCAAAACAGGUUGCUGUAGCAGGUGUGCGUUCAGAGAAUGGAGGCUCGUUGGUGAUAAGUUGCAGUUAUUUUGUUUCAAAGACUAUGAUGCAUUGAUAGCAACUCGACCAGCGAUAGCGAAUAUACAGUUUUGCUUUCGGUUCAAGUCCAGCCCAAAAUGUCUGAAGCAUCCAAACGUGCCAAACGCCAAUUGUUUCAUAUUUUUUGACAUCGUUUCGGGUGAUAUCCAUAAAAAUUGGAUGCAAGUGGUACGCCGGUUGAAAGAGACAUCAGCCAAUGCAACCGUCGCACAGCUACGCCGGUGGUCGCAAGCGGUGGACGAGAACGGCAACACUGCGUUAAUAUUGGGCGCCAAGCGGCUAAUGAACUGCGGAUUGUUUAAACGCGCGUACCAGUUCGCAGUCAUGAUGCUGAAAUUUGGUAGUGACGUAAACUGGCUGAAUAACGGUGGUCGGUCAUUGAUCACGUACACUGUUCAUUACAUGGAUCAGGCGAUAGACAUCACAAGACUCUUAUUGAACUGUGGAGCGACCGUUUGGCUAGAAGAUUGCAAUUCGGAAGCUAGACUUCAUUACGUGCAACUACUGAAGGAAUAUCGCACGAAAACGGAGACGGAUCUUCAAAGAUGUCUAACCGAUGACCCGAUUGAAAGCCCGUUAGACAGUAUAUUCACUUGGUUUCUACGAUCCGUCAUGAUCAGAAGGCGCAUGGACGACAGUUGCCUGCGCACAUUGUCACUACUCUCACAGUCAAUGGGCGAGGACCCGACCAGGAUGCACUCACACGUCAUGCGCACUAUGUUCAGUCACGCUCAGUGUUACAAUAUAUUUGGACCAGUGUUCUUCCAGAUCAAAAAGGCCCUGGCACCUCAGUGGGUGCAACCGCACUCGCUGCAGCAGCUGUGCCGCAAGUCCAUACGGCGGUCGUUGUUCCGCGGCCGCCACGGUAAUGCGCACCCCGACACGGUUGCCGAGCUAAACCUGCCCAAGCCCUUGGAGUCUUACGUCUCCUACCACGACUGAAUCACUGCCUAUAAUCAUCUCUUCAGCGACCCACACCCCAAAUCGACAGGGGUUAUCCACAGGUGUACGUCUUCCACGUUUCAUAAUAUAAAAACAAUCAUAUCCCUCACUCAAAAUAUCAUUAAAAAUUAAAUUAAAUAUAAGCUGAGUUUAUGAAAUAUUAUUAUAAUGGAAUUGUAGUUUGGUUACAAGGAUUUAAAACUUAUUGCAAAUUGUUUUUUAAAAAGCCGCAAAAUAUAUGUACGAAAAUUCCAACUAGGAACAAAUUUUUAUACAGCACCCCGUGCGAAAGAGUCCACCGUGGAGAACCAAUUUUGAUUGGAACCUAUUCGGAACUAUAUCGUAAUUUACAACAGUGUAUAAAAAUUUACGUACAAAAUAUAAAUAAUGACAUUUUUUUAAAACCUCCUAUUUCCCAAUCGCCCUCCGAUAGCCAAUUAUAAGCGAGUCCUUAUGUACAACCUAUAUAACAUAUGUGUAUAUCACAUACUAAAUUAAUUGCCGAAGCUUUCAAAUCGAAACGUAUAUUAGAGUUAAUAGUAUGAUGUCACCGGUGUGACUAUCUGCCAGCUAAUUUCGUUUUGCCAAUAAUAUUUAGCUAAGUCAAUAAGUCCACGCGUAGCUCCUGUUAUUUAUAUUAUCAUAUUAUAUAACCAGCUUUUCGACAAAGUUAUACCAUUUUCGAUUUACUCCAUUUUUAAUUAUAUAUAUAUAUGUGUUUUAUUGCGUAAUUCCUUAGUAAUAAUCAUUUAACCGUUGCCUUGUUCUUAUAUAAUAGUAUUGAGUGUCUGCAAAAUAUUUUUUGUAUCACAUAAUCAUGUCUUUUAAAAUUAAAAAACUAAAUAGGUAGGUAGUAAAUUAUUAUACCCACCUAAUGAAAAUCGAUGAAACAUUGAUCGAUCACUAUACGAGUAUAUUAUGAUAUAGACUCUAUAUUAUAGAGCAAGCAGUAUAGUUUGAUAUUACACGCGAUCGGGUCGCAUAAAAACGUUGUUCUUGCCACGUAAUAAUAAUUAUAUAUAUAUAGGUAAGUAUAAUUUCGUGUACUAAUAUCACAAAAGUGGUUAUUGUAUUUACACGAUUAUAUUAAUAUACCCUAUUAUAGAUACCUAAAUUGUAAUUUUUUAUAUAUAUAUAUAGUCAUUAGAAUCUAUAUUAUGAUAUUAUAAUGUAUGGUCCACGGACGAUUUAGUUUAGUUAGUUAUUAGAAAUAUAUAAUUUAGAUAAACCAUUUAAAAUUUAUUAAGUUACGUGUUUUACUAAAUAUAUAUCGCUUAAUUGUACCCAAGUGUCAUGACUGCAUUAUAUUUGGUAAUACAAUAUUAUUAUUUAGAAUUAUAAUAUAAUAGUCAUAAUCAUGAACCUACCUGAAUAUCAGAAAAUGUCAAAUAAACUGCGAUUAUUGUUAAUCUUUCGUUUAUAGGCCAUGAUUAUAAAUAUACAUUAACAGUUAUUAGAUUGUAACUCUCUAUUGUAGUCCUCUGUGAUUCCGCCUAGGUAGGUAUAUAUUUGUUACAUUAUCUAUGUAUAGGUACCUUUAUAUAUUAUAUUAUAAUAUAAAAUAUGUUAA